GGCAUUGAUAUAAAACUACCAAGCUACGACCCAUUCUUGACUAACUUUUAUACUUAAAUAAUCCUACAUUGUAUUGCCACAACAUAUAGUAAUCACAACAUUUGCAAGAAUGCAAACCAUUAUUCUAAACAAAACUUUGCACCCAAAUUCACAAAAAUAGUUGGAUUAAAACAAACCCAAUAUGCUUAAAUUUGUUUCUUUCCAAACAAAUCUAAAACAAUAAUAAACUCUAAUAAUAACUACAAGAAUAAUAAUAACAAUAAUAAUAAACAAAAAUAACAGUAAAAAUCAUUUUUUUUAAAAAAAAAAACGAAUUAAAAAAAAAAUUCAAAACCUAGUAAACACCCUGUUUUUUCGAACAACCUAGGCUCAAACGCCUAGUUCGUUCGAACAACCGUGUGGUUGUUCUAAUUUUCUAGGCGUUUCAUCUCAACCGCCCAAAUCUUUCGUACAACCAUACGGUUGUUUGAACGAACUAGGCGUUUAAGCCUUGGUUGUUCGAAAAAACAGGGCGUUUGAACCCGAUUUCAGAAAAAAAAAACAAACCUUGUUUCCGGCGACCGCCUUCCCCUUGUCCUUCCUCAUCAUAUCCACGACUGUGUAGAUCGAGAAACUGGAGAUUAAAGGAGGUGGUGGUUGUUUAGAGAUAGAAGAGGGAGUAAGGGUGGGUAAAUUAUGUUUGAGGAAUUGAGGGGGGUAAUUUUUUUUUUUUUUUUAAUAUAAGGGUAAAACUGUUAAAUUUAUUUUAUUUUGCGGGCGUUAGGUAGAUAUUCGAGGGCAACGUUUAGCUUUCCACUAAUUACAUAUUUGAAAAGUUCAUAAUGAGAGGAAUCUAACAAGAUCUAUUUUGAUAAUGUUUCUCUUUAUAGAUUAGUAUUAAAAUGUAGUUAAAAUUUAGUCAAAUUAUUAAAUCAGAUCAGAUCAGAUAAAGUUAGAUUAGACCUUAAUAAAAUGAGAUAAGAUCUCCUUGUUUAAGGUGAAGAAAAUAAGUUCUAAAUACAAUGAAGUGAUUAAAUGGGCUUAGAUUACAUAGUAGACAAUGCCUGGGCCUUGGGUGAACGUUUCAUCAUGGGGCUGGAUGGGUUUUCAUAAUUGGGAGUGAAAUGCAAAAAAUAAGAGCGUAUAGAAUAAAGAGAAAGAGAGAGAGAGUAGAGAGCGCCAUUAACCCUGAAUUCAAAAUUAUACAGUACUGUACUGAAUUGAGUAGAGUUUCAUCUUUGCAACAAUGGCGAUGGCUCUGGGUGUGCGAUCGUCAAGUAUAGAACCGUUGGAGUAAGUGUGUUGUUCAGAGAUGCAAUCAGAGGUUUUUCCAUGCCAUGGACGGGGACCCUAACGUUCCGGCCCCGCUGCUCACCUCCGCCACCCGCUCCGUCAACUUCAACUCCAACUCCAACUCGUCUUCUUCUUCUUCUUCUUCUUCUUCUGCUACUUCCUCUGAACCUGAUUUUCUCCGUAAUGUUCAAGCCGCUUUCAAACGCCACCGUUCCAUUGGUACAAUGCAAUCAACUAACUUGUUACCAAGACGUAGUGUGCUACCACAAAGGGAAACGCCGAAAAGUUCAGUGCAUAAUUCAGGUUUAACAGUAGAGACCAAGAGGUCUGUUGAAAUUGCUUCUCAACCCAAGAAUCUCCAUGGCCACACUAAUGAGAGAUCGUCUGUCAUCGAUCCUCAGGAAGAUGCCUCACUUACGCCUCCUUCCUUCACCGCUACUAUCACCAAUACCUAUGAUGACAAGUAUAAUCCAUUUGGAGGGCACAUCAAGGAAGAUCAACUUACCUGCAAAGCUGGUGUUGACAUCAAUGUUUCCUGUGGUGCACAAUCUAAACAUUGUCAAAUGGUGGAGGGUUCAAGGAAAGUCAAAUUUUCACUGGCCAGCUCUGCCAAUUCACAGGGAACUGAUGGUCAAAUGGCCACCAGAAUGGAUUUGGCCACCAGAUUGGACAACUUAUCUUCUCAUAUGGAUUCACUUGCAUUGACAGAAAUGGAGUGGGAAGCGGUUAAUCAAGCAGAGAUUUCCAAUGUCAUUAACAAUGAACCAAAACUUCAGGAUGCUGUCAGUGCUGAUGCAGAUGGUUGUUCGAGAGGUGAUGGAGGCUCUUCAGUACUAGCAGUAAGAAUGUCAUCUCUUCAGAACCAGCUGCACCACUUGAGAGAUUUCCUGCAUAAUGAUGUAAGCCAUCCAAUGACCCAAUCUUCUGUGGUGGGAUCAUCUUGUGUCACCACAACCUCUGUCCAUGCAACAUCUGCACCGAUGCUCAAUUCAACAACUCAUUCUUCAUGCCCACAUCAAGAUAGUUCAGCAGUUGGGUCCUUAACUGAUGCCAAUCGGAUUUCUCAGAACAUAGCCGUAAGAGAUGGGACGCAUCAAGCUUGCCCUACAUCUGUAAAUGUCAGUGGAGUUGAUGCUGACAGGGCACUCAGUGGAGCUCAAGCUUCGAGCUCUGCAACAAAUUCCUUAGCAGAAGUCAAAGAAAUCCAACAACAUAACUUGCAGCAAGCUAAAGUACCGGCUGAUCCACCCCAAACUCAAAGCCAGCCCAUAAUGGAGAAAGGACAGGGGGCUGAUGCUUCACAUAUCCCACCACCUAGCUCCUCAUCAAAGGACCUGUCUUCUAAUGUGAAGCUGGAGCCCUCUAAAUCAGAGAAACAUGAAAAGGCACCAUCUCGGAAAAAGGGUUAUGAUCCUGACUUGUUUUUUAAGGUGAAUGGGAAACUUUAUCAAAGGCUUGGCAAGAUAGGAAGUGGUGGGAGUAGUGAAGUUCAUAAAGUUAUCUCAUCUGACUGUACAAUUUAUGCUUUGAAAAAAAUCAAGCUUAAAGGUCGUGAUUAUGCUACUGCUUAUGGAUUUUGUCAAGAGAUCCUGUAUUUAAAGAAGUUAAAGGGGAAGGAUAAUAUUAUCCAACUCAUUGAUUUUGAGGUUACGGAUAAAGCUUUACUACAUGAAGUUAUGAACGGUUCCAUUUCUAACAAGGACAGCAGAGUCAAAGAUGAUGGAUAUAUUUACAUGGUUCUUGAGUAUGGAGAAAUUGACCUGGCUCAUAUGUUAUCUCAUAAGUGGAGGGAAAUUGAAGGCACCAACUCAACUAUGGAUCAAAACUGGCUUCGUUUCUACUGGCAGCAAAUACUCCAAGCUGUAAACACAAUUCAUGAGGAGCGUAUAGUGCACUCUGAUCUGAAGCCAGCCAAUUUUCUCCUUGUCAAAGGUUCAUUGAAACUCAUCGAUUUUGGCAUUGCUAAAGCUAUAAUGAGUGAUACAACCAACAUCCAAAGGGAUGCCCAGGUGGGUACAUUGAGUUACAUGUCACCGGAGGCAUUUAUGUGCAAUGAGAGUGAUGCAAAUGGGAAUACUAUAAAGUGUGGGCGCCCUUCUGACAUAUGGUCUCUUGGUUGCAUUCUUUAUCAAAUGGUUUAUGGAAGGACACCCUUUUCAGAAUACAAGACAUUCUGGGCCAAGUUUAAAGUAAUCACUGAUCCUAGUCAUGAAAUUACAUAUGGUCCAGUUUCCAACCCUUGGCUUCUGGAUCUGAUGAAGAAGUGUCUUGCAUGGAAUCGCAAUGAAAGAUGGAGAAUUCCUGAGCUUCUUGAGCACCCAUUUCUUGUUCCUCCUAUACAACAGCAGUUGCCCCCUACACUGAAGCAACAUUGUAAAUUUACUCAUGAGAAUGUCCCAAAUCUGUGCUCUGAGUUCCAACAGCUACUAGAAGAUCCAGCUGCCAUAUCUCGAGAUAAUCAAUUUAGGAUACUAUCGCAAAUCUCAUGCAUCUGUCAGCAACUUCAGGAGCACCUCACAAAGAUGAGCUAGUCUAUAUGUAGAAGAGGAAUGUACAGUAGCAACAUCUCUGCUAAGCAUUUUGAAUCACGUUCUCUUCUAUGCAUAAUAUGAUUUGUGAAUAAGUUCUGCUUUAAAUUUUUUUUUUAUGGCACCUUCCAUCAGACUGAUUGAAUCUUAAAUUAUGGUUGUACAAUCCUGUAAUCUCCAUGAAAUGAAUGUAGCUCCUAUUUACUGAGGAAAUUUAAAAUGAAUUAUUACACUGAAAAUAUUUUCUU